AUGCCCCACCACCAAACCAGCAUCCAGUGGAAUCCCACGCGCGAGGCGGACCUGGUUAAAAACGGGUUUUAUUGGAAAAGCGGCUUGGUGGAGGAGUCCGCGCAUGCGCAACGCUCUCCAGCCUCCGGAGGUGCACUGACAAAAGGAGCGGGGUGGUUGGAGCUGCUGUGCCGGCAGCACACCGCCCAGGGGAGCUACAGCAUGGAAUCAGAAGGCUACAAUGUUGAAGACAUGGAUGAGGGUAGCCAGGGAGUCGGGGAGGAAGAGAUGAUUGAAGGAAACGACUAUGAAGAAUUUGGUGCUUUUGGUGGUUACGGCACCCUUACCAGCUUUGACAUCCAUAUCCUCAGAGCCUUUGGUAGCUUGGGUGCAGGCUUUCGCAUCUUGUCGAAUGAGCCCUGGGAACUGGAAAACCCUGUGCUGGCCCAGACCCUGAUGGAGGCAUUGCAGCUGGAUCCAGAAACCCUUGCCAGUGAGGCAGCUGCCCGUGCUACGAACAUAGCCCGCCCUGCGGCCUCCAACUGGGCCACUCCUGCCAUUGCCGCCACUGCCCAUAUCACUUCCAACAAUAGGGCAGCCGCUAACCACCCAGUGGCUAGAGACCAGGCCUCAGGAGACGAUACCGAGCCCAUGACAUAUGCCGAGGCUCAGGGAGUCACCCCUAGGACAACUCCUGCUUUUCCACAGACCUCCAAGAUGCCAGUCAACAGUGAGAUGACUGCCCCUGGGGCUCCAGCAACCUCCACGGAGCCCCAGACAGCCUCCCAGGCCCAGGAGGCUGCUACUGAGGCCCCUAGUACUGCCAGUGCUUUCUCUCAGGCUCCACGUGCCAGUGAGCUGGAUACCACCCGGCCCAAGACUGUCUUUCUAGGUCAGAACGAUGUCUUUGAUUUCACCCAGCCUGCAGGUGUCAGUGGCAUGGCCUUCCCACGGCCUAAGAGACCCACCCCAGCCCAAGAGGCUGCGACGGAUGGCCUCAGUGCUGCCUCUCGUGUGCACCAGGCAGCAUCUGCCAAGGAGGUGGCAGCCACCCAGCCCAAGACAACCAAGUCUGGGAAGGCUCUGGCCAAGACUCGGUGGGUGGAGCCUCAGAAUGUUGUGGCAGUGACUGCUGCCGAGGCCAAGAUGGCCACAAGCAUCCCUGAGCCUGAGGGUGCAGCUGCCACUGUUCAGCACAGUGCUGAGCCCCGGGCCAGGAUGGGAGGCAAGAGGACGAAGAAGGGAGCACACAGACUAGUGGAAGAAGAGUCCAAGCACCUGGAUGAUGAAUAUGAGAGCAGCGAGGAGGAGAGAGAGCCUCCUGCAGUCCCACCGACCUGGAGAGCAUCGCAACCCCCAUUGACGGCGAGGACUCCGAUGGCCCCUCGGCCCCCGAUGACCCUGAGGUCCCAGAUACCCUCAAGGCACGUACUGUGCUUGCCACCCCGCAAUGUGGUCCUUCUGCAAGAGAGGGCAAAUAAGUUGGUGAAGUACCUGAUGAUUAAGGACUACAAGAAGAUCCCCAUUAAGCGCUCAGACAUGCUGAAGGAUGUCAUCCGAGAAUACGACGAACAUUUCCCAGAGAUCAUUGAAAGAGCAACAUACACUCUGGAAAAGAAAUUUGGGAUCCACCUCAAGGAAAUUGACAAGGAAGAACACCUGUAUAUUCUUGUCUGCACACAGGACUCUUCAGCUCGCCUUCUUGGGAAGACCAAGGACACUCCCAGGUUGAGUCUCGUCUUGGUGAUUCUGGGCGUCAUCUUCAUGAAUGGCAACCGUGCUAGCGAGGCUGUCCUCUGGGAGGCACUACGCAAGAUGGGACUGCACCCCGGGGUGAGGCACCCAUUCCUUGGCGAUCUGAGGAAGCUCCUUACAGAUGACUUUGUGAAGCAGAAGUACCUGGAGUACAAAAAGAUCCCAAAUAGCAGCCCACCUGAGUAUGAAUUCCUCUGGGGCCUGCGAGCCCGCCAUGAGACCAGCAAGAUGAGGGUCCUGAGAUUCAUCGCGCAGAAUCAGAACCGAGACCCCAGGGAAUGGAAGGCUCAUUUCUUGGAGGCUGUGGAUGAUGCUUUCAAAACUAUGGAUGUGGAUAUGGCUGAGGAACAUGCCAGGGCACAGAUGAGGGCCCAGAUGAAUAUCGGGGAUGAAGCUCUGAUUGGACGGUGGAGCUGGGAUGACAUACAGGUGGAGCUCCUGACCUGGGAUGAGGAUGGAGAUUUUGGCGAUGCCUGGGCCAGGAUACCGUUUGCUUUCUGGGCCAGGUACCAUCAGUACCUUCUGAAUAGUAACCGUGCCAACAGGAGAGCCACAUGGAGAGCUGGUGUCAGCAGUGGCACCAAUGGUGGGGCCAGCACCAGCAUCCUAGAUGGCCCUAGCACUAGCUCUACCAUCCGGACCAGAAAUGCCGCCAGAGCCGGUGCCAACUUCUUCUCCUGGAUUCAACACCGCUGAUGAACUGUAGCAAUCUUACUCUCCAAACCAGAGUGCCUCCUCAGAUUCCUUCUUAACCCAGCACUCGUGGCAGCUUCUACCUGUCGAUUGAAGAUGGCAUGCAAGAUGAAGCUUUCUUCGCUUUUUCUGCCUUUGUUGCUUGCUUUUUCUUGUGCUUUCAUGUUUUUGGUAUCAGUGUUACAUUAAAAUUACAAAAUUAAUUUGGACGUUUCCGCCUUUUCGUGUGCACAUGUUGCUAGAACUGCCAUGUGGUUGGGCUCUUAGGGAGGAACCUUCUUUGGGCUGUCUGGUGUAGGUGGGCCCCGCCUCUGCCUAAAAGGUGGGUAGGCAUGGGUAGGAUUCUGGGAGGUGUUGAGGUUCCAGCUGAGUGUGGAUACCAUGAGUUUACAGAGGCCCCAGUCCACAUAGUUGUGUGAUGUAUUACAAGCAUUGCUCAGCAGCCCCAGGUAGACUCCAGCAGGGGAGCAGGGGAAGGGAUGGAGUGGAGGACUGUGGGCUGGUGCCAACUGUCCCUCCCAGCAAGGAAAGAGAGUCCAUAGGCACUCACCAGGACCCACCUCUUGCUCCCUUGUCUUUAGAGGUGCUGUCCUGGAACUGUUCCCUCAUCAUCCACAGGGUUUCAAGACCUCAUCACUGUGACCUGGCUUAAGGACAAUAGGCAGGACUCACAAUGACAUUUUCACCCCUCCAGCAAGGAGGAGGAGGAGGAGCCAUUAUUGCUAAGAGAAGAAUUU